AUGCAGUCGCAUCAAGUCGCAUUCUUGCUGCUCUUAGGCAGCCUUCUGUGCCUGAGCUUUGGCCACAGCAGCGCUCGUCACAGCGGCCGCAGCUCCUACUUCAACGAGCCAGCUCUGGCCCGCUCCAACGAUGGCAAUGUGGCUGUUGCCCUCGAACAGGGUGCCGAUAAGGAUAAGCUGAAUGGUGGUGGUGGUGCAGCAGCAACUGUUGGUGCUGGUGGUGUCGCACCCGGUGUUAGCGGCAGCGCAGUUGGCAAUAAGGAUGCCUCGAGCGGUCGCCUGUUUCUCAAGAAAUUCCUCAUGUUCAAGAAUUUGUUCAGCAGCAACAAUCAGCCCGUGAUUCCGAUUAUAAUUACCGGAGCUGGCACUGGAACCGGUACCCUUAGCCCCAGCAGCCCCACACAGACCGUGACCUCAACUGGCACAGUGCCGACGGCCACCGGCACAGUGAGCUCACCAACCUCACCCACAUCACCCACAUCACCCACAUCACCCACGGCAGCCAAUUCUCGCCAAUAUGCGCAGGAUGACGAAAUGGCCGAUGACGCCAAUGAGUCCGAGGUGCAGGGUCAAUCCGCCAAUGCUGAGCUGGUCGAUGAGCAGGCACUGCAGGCAGCUUUGGCCGCUGGUGCACAGGAAUAUGAAGUAUAUACCGAACCCUCGGAGCAAUCGGAGUCUGGAGCAACGGAGAGCAAGGCAAGCCCAAAUAAUCGCAUCAAUCUGCGCCGCAAGGGCGGUCGUCGCGGCCAGGGACAGAUGAUUAGUGUACGCAUACCACCCCGCUAUCGUCGCUACUUCAAGAAUGGCCAAAAGGUCAUGCUGAACACAAAGAGUCGGCCCAACAAGCGUCGUGUGAUCAGGAGGCGUGUGCAGACCACCAAACGCAAGCGCUUCAACAAUCGUCGUCGCGGCGGAAAGAACAAGAACAAGAAGGGCAAGGGCAAGAACAAGAACAAGCGCCCACGUAUACCAGUCGUUUAA